CACCCCGGGAGCUCCAUGGUGCGGGAAGGCGGAAUGGCCCGAACCCCGUACAGCUCCAACCAGGACAUCCAGAUGGACGUCUUCGACAACGCCGCCCUCCAGAGCAAGUACAUGAAACGCAAGAGCCGCUUCAAGCGCUCGGAUGGCAGCACCUCGUCUGACACCACCUCCAACAGCUUCGUCCGGCAGGGCUCGGCGGAGUCCUACACCAGCCGUCCCUCGGACUCGGAUGUGUCGCUGGAGGAGGAUCGGGAGGCACUGCGGAAGGAGGCCGAGCGCCAGGCCAUGGCCCAGCUGGAGAAAGCCAAGACGAAGCCGGUGGCGUUUGCUGUGCGGACCAACGUCGGCUACAACCCCUCUGCCAGCGACGACGUGCCGGUGCAGGGCAUGGCCAUCUGCUUCGAGCCCAAAGACUUCCUGCACAUCAAGGAGAAGUACAACAACGACUGGUGGAUCGGGCGGCUGGUGAAGGAGGGCUGCGAGGUGGGCUUCAUCCCCAGCCCUGUCAAGCUGGAGAACAUGAGGCUGCUGCAGGAGCAGAAGAUGAGGCAGAACCGCCUGAGUUCGAGCAAAUCGGGGGACAACUCCAGCUCCAGCCUGGGCGACGUGGUGACAGGGACCCGCCGGCCCACCCCACCAGCCAGCGGUGCCCUGGACAUGCCUAGCUUUGCCUUUGACCCCGAUGAGUUAGAGGAGGAGGAGGAGACCCACCGCUCCCCUAAGAGUAGCGUGAGCAGUGUCACCACCCCCCCUGCCCACAACAAGCGCAUCCCCUUCUUUAGGAAGGCUGAGCACGUGCCCCCGUACGAUGUGGUCCCCUCCAUGCGGCCCAUCAUCCUGGUGGGACCCUCGCUGAAGGGAUACGAGGUCACGGACAUGAUGCAGAAAGCCCUCUUUGACUUCUUGAAGCAUCGCUUUGAUGGCAGGAUCUCCAUCACACGGGUGACAGCUGACAUCUCCCUGGCCAAGCGCUCUGUCCUCAACAACCCCAGCAAGCACACCAUCAUCGAGCGCUCCAGCACACGCUCCAGCCUGGAUGUCUUGGCUGAGGUGCAGAGUGAGACCGAGCGCAUCUUCGAGCUGGCCCGGACACUGCAGCUGGUGGCCCUGGACGCCGACACCAUCAACCACCCGGCCCAGCUGGCCAAGACCUCGCUGGCUCCCAUCUGUCUAAUUGUCUACAUCAAAAUCACCUCCCCCAAGGUGCUGCAGCGGCUGGUGAAGUCCCGGGGCAAGUCCCAGGCGAAGCACCUCAAUGUGCAGAUGGUGGCAUCUGACAAGCUGGCACAGUGCCCACCCGAGAUGUUUGACAUCGUGCUGGAUGAGAACCAACUGGAGGAAGCCUGUGAGCACCUGGCUGAGUACCUGGAGGCCUACUGGAAGGCGACUCACCCCCCCAGCAGCAACCCCCCCAACCCGCUGCUCAACCGCACCAUGGCCACAGCCGCGCUGGCCGCCAGCCCUGCCCCCGUCUCCAACCUCCAGGGUCCCUACGUAGUGCCCGGGGAGCCGCCACUCGAGGGGGAGCACGGCCGCCCCCGGCACGGCCCCGCCGAGCUGGGGGGCUCCGGGCAGGGCCGCCCCCCGCCGCCGCCCUCCCGCCCGGCCCCCCGCAGCCUGUCCCGCCAGGACACCUUCGAUUUGGAGACCCCGGGCAGCCGGGAUUCGGCCGGGACUGAACCCGGCGAUUCCUGUUGCAUGGACAUCGAGAUGGAUCCCGCCGAGGAGGAGCCGCCGGGCCCCCCCGGUCACGAGGCGUGGGAGCAGCAGGACCCCCAGGGCCGGGGGCUGCGGGGUCGAGCCAAGGGUCAGGAGCGCUACGGCCCCGCCGCCCCGGAGCCCCUGGGGCUGGGGCAGGGCGAGGUGGAGGGCUGGGGCCAGGAUGUUUACAUACGUUAG